UCUAGACUUUAAGUCUCCAAAUUUUUACAAAAGAUUAUAUUGAAUAAAAUAUCGCUUUUAACCUGUCAUUCGGAAAUUGUUAUAUUUACCUAUUUGUAAUGCUUGAAUUUUGAGCUCCUUUUUUUUUAAUUUUGUGGAUUAGUUAUUUAUUGUAAAUGCCAAAUAAAUCGAAAUGUAUUUUAAAAUAUUUUAUUUUAUUUUCUCCUUGCCUACAUUCAUUUCUUUUGAUAUGAAUCACAUUUUUCCUUGGCGGUGCACGUUAGCAAUUUAGAGAAUGGCUUGAAUUGUGACUUACAGGCCUGCGAAUGGUAUUGCGUAUUUGUUGGUAUGAUUAUUAAUAGGCCCUUUAAAAAAACUCCAGUUCAUCAUUUACUAUUCAAACAAGAUCACUUAUCUUGUGUGAUGAUUCUACUUCAAUAAUGUCCAUUCUGCUGCUGUAGGAAAUAAACUACCAUUGGCUUUUGUUUUAGAUGAUAAAUGGAAUGGUUAGUUGACAGUGUUACUGGUGGCUAGCGUUAUUGAUCUGGCGGAAGCACCACUAUUGAAUGUUCAUUGUUUCCUGGACACUACUCAGUACCUUUGUACACAUUUUUUGGUAAUUAUUCUCCAUAUUCCUUAUAGUAGUUAACCACUCCCAUCCCCUGCUUUACAGAUUGGCCUGUUCAGAUGUCAUAGUAGCUUUGUUGGAAUUCAAGAGUAAAUAUAUGCAGGCACUGUUGUUAGCAACCCCUCAGCAAGAUUCUGGUGUUUUUCCAUAUUGUAGUUUAUGUUUAGGGCCUCACGCUGAGGAGAAGAUGGAAGUGAACGUCCUCAAGAAAGAACCCAGACGAGAUCCAUGAUACCUGAGUCAUAAAACAAAAGGAAAUGUGGAAGCGUUUUUUAUGGAGACUGUGACAGGGAAGACGCUCAGUGUUCUGGCAGUCAGUUUCCAGCAGAGGAACACUAACCAGUGCUGUUUGUUUUCAGUCAUUGUCAUGAAUAGCAGUGUUAAAGCAGUAGUGAUUAUAAAUUCAUAUGUAAAAUAUAGUCCAAGAUUGCAGGAAGAUACCUUUAAGCAUUUUUUGUUACAUUGUAAAUGUAAUAUCCACAAAAGUUAUGCUCCCUGGUGCCCUGCGUGUCAGAAUCUUCAGCCAGAAUGGGAAAGCUUUGCUGAGUGGGGAGAAGAUCUGGAGGUUAAAGUUGCAAAAGUGGACGUCACAGAGCAGACAGGGCUGAGUGGACGGUUUAUCAUAACUGCUCUUCCUUCUAUUUACCAUUGUAAAGAUGGUGAAUUUAGGCGCUAUCUGGGCCCAAGAACUAAGAAAGACUUCAUAAACUUCAUAAGUGAGAAAGAAUGGAAGAACGUUGAACCUGUAUCAUCAUGGUUUGGUCCAAGCUCUGUUCUGAUGACCACUAUGUCAGCACUUUUUCAGCUCUCUGUGUACAUCAGGACUAGCCACAGCUAUUUUGUUCAUGACCUUGGAAUCCCGGCAUGGGGCUCAUACUUGGUUUUUGCUUUCGCAACAGUGCUCUCAGGACUCCUGCUGGGACUCUGUAUGAUAUUUGUAGCAGAUUGCCUUUGCCCUUCAAAGAGGCGCAGACCACAGCAACAGCCUACAAAAAAACCAUCACCAGAAUUUUCUCAACCUCUGAAGAAAGUGGAGGAAGAACAAGAGGCUGAUGAAGAAGACGUUUCGGAAGAGGAGACAGAAAAUAGAGAGGGAGAGAGCAAAGACACUCCUCAGAGUGGCCUAAGACAGCGCUGCGUGGGCCCGUCAUCGGCCACAGACAAAUCCUAAGUUUUACACAUAUCUUAAUACUAUGAUUUUGGCAGAACUGAAGAUUGGUGAUGAUCUCUGUUGCAAACUGAACUUGACUUGCUGUAUAUACAGUUUAUAGGUUGUCGCUAGGUUGGACAGUUUUCAUUCAGGAAAUAAAAGCAGUUAGACAUAACAGUUUGAAAGAUGAUUUAAGAAUAUUAUGAUGGUUUAAAGUUGUUUAAUUUCAGAAGAGCCUGGUGCCAAGCACUGAGACUUGUGUUUAUAUUUAAUAAUCUAUUUUGUGUGCGACUCAAAACUGCCUUUCCCAAGAUUUGCAUUACUGGGGUAUUUAAGAAAAUCACCGUAGAGAGAAGGAUUUCUCAUUUCACAGCAUUUUCUCAGUUUCACUGUGUGAAAAAGGAUCAUAUUUCCCAUAAGUGGGAGCAUUGCCCAUGUUUCCAGACGUGUACUUCAUGAUAGCGCUACGCUUUGGUAGAGUCCAUAGCUUCCUCACAGAUUUUGGAUUAUACAGCUAACAAAACUACCUUACCUUAUAGCUUUCAUUUCCACACAUUACAUUUAGGAUAUGCUGCUGACUUAAGAAGUUUUUAUAAGUCUAUGGCAUUGUGUUAAUUCUUAAGGUCGAUGCCUGUUUUGGUCUCGUGUUCACUGUAUGAUUUUUAUUUGCCAUGUGUUUUUAAAGUUGGAAAAAAUUAACAAUAUCACUGUUUGUUUACUGUGGGUAAACAGAACUUUUCUAUCCUUUUAAGUUGAAGUUUACGGAGAGAACCAUCAAACUGAACUGUUUACUUGAAAAUGUACAAAUUUGGCUAUACAUUCCAGAUUUUAAAUUAUUAUUAAAUGGUCUUGACGUUUUCUUUUCUCUUUUUAAUGCGAAGAUGAAAUUUUCUGAUUUUUAAAAUUUGAUGUGGAAAAGCUUUGGUAUUUUAUAUUUUGGAAAUUCAGAGCUUAAUUUGAUGUAAAAUGAAGUCUGCAUUCUACUCAAGAAAUAUCUACUACUAUGUGAUUUUACUGUAUCUCUGUCCUCUACAGGUUCUUGAUGAAUUUUAUAGUCAGGAUAUUGCUUUGUGUUUGAAAAUCGUAACACUGUUAUGUUUUAAAGACAAAUUUCAUAUUGUAUUGUUCUUGACUGCUAGUACUGUGCAUCUCACAAGUGGAGAUCAGGUCAGCAAGAUGACUACAUGGAUUUCAUCUUACAGAAAGGGAAGGGUGUCGUCGGGGAUUGUCUGAUGUCUGGAAGGGGAAAACAGACUAAAUUCUUCAUGAGUCAUCCAGCCUUUGUGGAAUAGAUGGUGUCUGUGAUGCUCCCUCCCCUUACGUUCUCUGUGUGAAUUCCUUAGACUCGCAGAACUGUGAUGUGUGACAGCUUCCUUUAGGCCUCUCCUUUACAGUAUUAAAUGUUCUGCUGUCAGUUAUGUAGUUUGUGGUGGCUUAGAAAAACAUUCUAAGCACAAAAUAAAUGUUUCUAAGCACUUCAGUGAUGGUGAAGAGAAGUAUGAUUUCUGUUGGUUUCUUUUCAGAGUCUGUAACCCAGGCUGGCCUCCAGCACUGUAUAGCCAAGAGUGAUAGAACCAAUGGUCCUCCACCCCUAUUAGCCGGAGGGUAGGACUGUGGGCGUGCACCAUCCCUGAGUGCCCUCCUGCAUGCCGGGCAAGCAUGAGCUCAGUCUCUAGCCCAGCAGUGAUAGUAAGCAGGUUCCGUUCUUAACCACUUACCCCUCAGCAGUGCUCUGGGACAUGGGGUAGGGCCACCACCUGCGUGCUUCCUGUGGUCCCAGAUGACUAGUCUUGUCAAUCAUUUCAGGAGAACAAUGCUCUGUAGUCAACAUUUUGUUCUUAGUGUUUCUGUUGUUCUCUAACAUUGGUAAGUUUUUAACUAGAAAAUGCUUUAUUACAGAAAAAUAAAAGUAUACUGAAUUAA